AUGACGUACGAGACGAUGCUUGCUAGAAGUUUUGGCCGGCAAGAACAUAAAAAGUUGGGAUUUGGAGCGUUUAUUGGUUGCUUGGUCAUUGGAUUUAGCCUUUGCACUGUGUUUAAGCCUUACCUCAUUCCUCUUCCAGUUUUGAAUUUGGGGCUUUCAAUUGGCGGUGGUCUCCGACUGCAGAUGCCCACAGAGAAACCAGGCAGUCCCAAGCAAUUAUACUUCAAAACCAAGGAAGUAGAGCCAAUUUGUAAUAUUUCAGAACCAAGAUCAGAUGUUUGCAUGAUGAUUGGAGAUAUAAGAAUUCAAGGAAAUUCAUCCACCAUUUUCAUUGUUUCGACUCAAAACGACAAUUUGGUGGGAAACAAUUCAUGGACUAUAAGGCCUUAUUCGCGAAAAAUAGAUGAAAAUGCAAUGGCAAACGUUCAAAAAUUUACACUUCUGAGAAAAGUUUCGCAAGAUAUCCCUCAUUGCACUAGAAAUCGGAGUACUGUUCCUGCCAUUGUCUUGUCCACUGGAGGAUAUUCAGGAAACCAUUUUCAUGAUUUUACCGAUUUGCUGAUUCCACUGUUUUUAACUUCUCGGGAGUUUAAUGGUGAAGUACAAUUUCUUAUAACCAACAUAAAGUUAUGGUGGAUUCAAAAGUAUCAAGCAGUGCUUAAAAAGUUAUCCAGAUACGAGAUUAUUGACAUUGAUAAAGAAGAGGGAGUCCUUUGCUUCCAAAGCAUGAUUGUUGGUCUUAAAACCCACAAAGAGCUCAGUAUUGAUCCUUCAAAGGCUCCAUACUCCAUGAGAGACUUCAGGCAUUUCUUAAGAAGCUCCUACUCACUGAAGAGAGAAACCGCAAUCAAACUAAAAGAUGAUGCAGACAAGAAGCCCCGACUGCUUAUCAUUUCAAGAAAAAGAUCCCGGUCCUUCAUGAAUGAAGGUGAAAUUACUAACUUGUCUCGAAGCUUGGGCUAUGAAGUGGUUGUCACGGAAGCAGAAUCAAAUUUAUCACGAUUUGCAAAAUUCGUGAACUCUUGUGAUGUGAUGAUGGGGGUGCACGGAGCUGGUCUUACUAACCUACUUUUCCUGCCCAACAAUGCAGUUUUGAUACAAAUAGUACCAUUAGGAGGAAUGGUGUGGAUUGCUAGAACUGACUUUGGAGAGCCAGCAAAAGAAAUGGAGUUGAGGUACUUGGAAUAUAGGAUACGUGAAGGAGAGAGCUCCUUGAUACAACAAUACCCUCUUGACCAUGAAGUUUUUAAGGAUCCCCAUUCAAUCAGUAAGAAGGGAUGGGGUGCUUUUAGGUCUGUAUAUUUGGACAAACAAGAUGUAAAGCUUGAUAUAAGUAGAUUUAGAACAACUUUGGUUGAAGCCCUUACGCUGCUGCAUGCGUAG